AUAUAGACCAAGGAGAAUUUUGAAGACAGGUUUAGGGAGGAAGAUUCUCCCUCCUCUGGCUGUGAAGACGAAGAUAUGUCCGUAGACAACCGUGGCACUGAGAUUGGUGAGUGGGAGAGGCUGCCUGACGUUUGCUUGCUGCACAUCUUCAAAUAUCUCCCUGACUAUGAUCGCAGCAAGGCAGCUCUGGUUUGUCAUCACUGGCACAACAUGAUGCGCCUGCCUUGUCUCUGGCGCUACCGUUCCUUCUACUUCACUGGUCGUGUCUCUAGAUACAAGCAGUCUGAAUACAACGUAGCCGUUGGCUAUGCUAAAAAUCUGGGGGUCUUCUUGGAAAGUUUGAAGGUGACUGUCUCUCCUCCACAAUCCGUCGCGCUGGCGGAGCGUCUAAUUCUUACCAUAUGUGGCCUGCUGGUGACACUUGUCAGAGUAAAAGCCCAGUUGAAGUCCCUUUCAAUCGAAAGACUACAGCUGGACCGGUCAGCCUGGGGUCAGGGCCUCAGAAAUAAUCUGGUGGAUAACCUGAUUUUUUUCCUCUCGGCUGGUUCCUCAAGACUGAAAGUAAUUUGUUUGAACAAGAUUCAGAUCAGUAUUCCACAGGGUCUGAAUCUUCUUUCUGCAAUAAUACAAAACCAGAGCAGACUCUAUCCCCUUUGCAGCCUUUAUUCUUUGGACUUAAGGAGCUUCUUUUCUGUCACUGUGCCAAACCACAUCAUUCCCAAGAUGUAUUCCAUGCUGCAAGAGCUCCGAGGCCUCUCUCACCUCUACCUCAGCUAUUCCUGUUUGUCUGAUGACUUGCUGCGAUCUCUCAGUCAAAGUAACAGAGAAAAGAGAUCCAGCAGGGGCAGAGGAGGAAACAUCCUGCAGAGUUUGUCACUGUACUGCUCUCGGAAUGAGCCGCAUCAGCAGGUGGUGUGUGGUUACUUGUGGGCCAACUUGGUGUCCAACUGCCUGGAUCUGAAAGUCAGCAUCACAGUGGAUCAAAUCAUGGACACACAGCAGCUGGCAAGGAUUUUGCUACCUGACAUACCCCUUGUGGCAUUCAGCAUGACUGCUUUCUACACAGUAGACCCAAACACGAGUGCGAAGCCUCUGCUCCACAACUUGCUGCCUUGCUACAGACACAGCCUGCAGAAUCUAAAACUGGACCUAAACAACCAAAGCGAAACACUCGAUGAUGAGCUGGUGGCGUUGGUUGAUGUGUGUGAGUGCCUUGUAGAUCUAAGUGUCUGGGCUUUUUUGGACGUCCUCACUGUGGGGAGGGUCCUGCAGAUCAGGCUGACUAAAAGGAUGUCACUCAACAACAUCAGAAUGACAAUCCUGACAAUGACUGAGAACAUCGUGGGGAAGGAAGAACAGCUCGUGGAAGUACUGUCUCCCUUCUCUUACCCUCCUCAGCUAAAGUUCUCUGCUGCCGUUUGCCCCUUAACAUGAUGCCUCCAACUGUGCCUAAAGACCAAAUUGGGCACAAGCUCCCAGAUAAAAAAAUUUAAUAAAAUGA